AGAAAAUGUUUGCAGUAUUGAGUGCAUUGUUCUUCAUUGGAGGUUCGGGAGCCGUGAUAUACAAUCUCGAAGACUCGGAUUAUGCCCGCAUGCCGCCAAUAGUGCAGCUAGAUCCUUACGACGCCUGCUUCCGAGAUCCCGAUGACUUGUACUGCACUGCAAGACUGGUGCUGGUGUCGGACGAACCCAGCCCGUUGUUGUCGAUGAUAAAAGAAUAUUCAGCGCACAAAUCGACACACUACAACUACACAGAAUUAUACCGCGGUGUAUGUGUAACCCAAAACUGCAAGCAGUUUCACGACAAAACAACAGAGAACCUAACACUGACCCUUGAAGCAUGCUUGAACGAAUCCUUUUAUAGCAACUACGAAUUGAAAACUAGAGUGUUCGAUGACUAUGACUGUACCAAACGUGAGAGAUCUAUGAAAUUAGAUGAUGUGCAUUGGUAUGUUGCGGCUGUUUGUGUGUUAAUCUUAUGCGCUAACAUUGUCGGAAGCUUGUAUGAUUUCUCUUUUCGAGGAAGAAAAAAAACAGAGGAUAGUGCAAUUCUUAGGUUUCUCAAUUGCUUCUCAUUGCGUCGAAAUUGGAAGAAACUCGUAGGACCAGCUUCAGAAGACCGAGACCCACGUCUGCAAAAACUGCAAUGUAUUCACGGCAUCAGAGCGUUAACGAUGGGCCUGGUCAUCUCGGGUCACACAUUCUUGAUCCUCAUCGUUCUACCAGAAAAUCCAAAGUUCAUGGAAGAAAUGUACAUGAACAAUAUUAUCCGGAUAAUCGUGAACGGGACAGGCAUCAUGCAGACAUUUCUGUUGGUCUCUUCCUUCUUACUCGUCUACACGUCACUCAUAAACAUGGAGAAGAAGCAACUGUCAUGGACGAUGCUGCCCAAAUACAUCAUCAUGCGAUGGUUGAGACUGACUCCGGCCUACGCCCUGGUCGUAGCUUUAACCGCGACUUGGUUUGGUCGUAUUACAACAGGCCCAUUAUAUAAGAAACUGAUUGCGGAUGAAGUAACUGACUGCCGCAGUAGCUGGUGGCAGAAUAUUUUGUACAUCAAUAACUAUGCGGAUAACUCAGAAUGCAUGGUGCAGUCCUGGUAUUUAGGAGCAGACACGCAGCUGUACUACUUGGCAGCUUUCGUGUUCGUAACGUGCAGGACGAAUCGCUCCAGGAAGAUAGCUGUGACGCUAAUGUUUGUCUUGGGGACGAUCUUCGCUACCGGACACACUUACUUUCAACAAUUAAAUGGAGUUCUCGUGGUUUCUCCAAGCGUGGUCUUGAAAAUGUUUAUCAAAGACCCUACCUUCAACCAUCUGUACAAGAGAGGCCACACCAACCUGACGGGCUGCACCAUCGGCAUGGCUAUGGCCUACUUCGUCUACCACUGGCAGAAGAAAGGAGUUAAUAAAAAGAAAUUACAGAGCUAUCGCUUCUUAUACUGGACGCUGUUCCCGGUGGGCUGCCUGAUCUGUCUCUCCGGCAGCAUGUACUACGACGACGCGCCGCCUCCCCCGCCCUACGUCAACGUGCUGUUCGCCGCACUCCACAAGCCUCUGUUCGGAGCUAUGGUCGCUUCGGUUAUCAUCGGCGUUAUAUUUGAAGUUGAUGACCUAUACCGGUCUAUCCUGGAGUGGCCCGGCUGGACUGUCCCGAGCCGGCUCACGUACAGCACGUACCUCGUGCACAUCGCCUUCAUCAGGAACUACGGCUGCAUGCAAACCACUUUAAGAAUGUCUUAUCUGGUUCUAAUUCGUGUAGGACUACUAACUGUAGUAGCGUCCUACGCAUUGGGCUUGACUAUGUUCAUGCUGGUCGAGUCUCCCUUCGCAAACCUCGUCACCGAGUACACCAAGAAGAAAGCCAUACGUGAGUCCGGAAAGGAAAACGGAUCAGCCAAACACAUGCCAAAUAAAGAAAAUAAAAAAGUUUCUAAAAAAGAAUUGUGAAGGAAUAAAAGUGGAAUUAUGAUCGAAGAUUUGUGCUAGUUGCUCUAUUGUGCCAAAAGUGAGAAGCGGUGAGCGUAAAUAAAACAACU